UGUCGGUGUGCGCGGGCGCGCUGGGCUUAAGCGCCAUCUUGUCUGAAACCACAUGACCUCGUUACCGUGUCCCGUGACCAGCUCACGUGAAUUUUCGCAAAAUUCAAACGCUUUUUCCUGUCCGCCAAGGAAAUGGACAUCCUGGAUCAACACCUGGACCAACAGGAUGUAAGCAACAUCUCAACCAAGGAGGAACAUAGCAACCCGAGCAUCGUCAUCGAAGAGGCUGAAAUAGUUGACUGCGAUGGUGAGCCGUGUUUUAUCAAAAGCGAAGCUGUAGGGGAAGAUGGUAUGCGAUACCAAGAAACAUUGGCAUACAGGGUUGUACAAGUCAAUGGGGCACCCAGCAGUGAAAUUGAACUACCCGUGACUCAAGCACCAUUGCAGGUGUUAACAUCACCUAUAAAUGGCCAAUUAUACGUUAUAGGAAGUGCAAAUGACGUCUUUACAACUGCCCAGACCUCAAGAUCUGUUAUAGCUCCUAGGGCAACAGCUACUUUACAAAUAGAAGCACCUCGUACUACAUCCUCUGGUCUUAAGAAGAGGGAUGAUAGAAGAAGAGCUACGCAUAAUGAAGUGGAGCGUAGAAGAAGGGAUAAGAUCAACAACUGGAUAUCGAAACUUGGAAAGAUUAUUCCUGAAUGUAGUCCAGGAACUAAUGGCAGUGGAAGUGGAGGAGAAGGAGGUGGGAAAGCUAAUUACGAGACACAGAGUAAAGGAGGUAUUUUAGCCAAAGCUUGUGAAUAUAUAGCAGAAUUACGAGCUGCUAACCAAUCAAUGGGACAAUGUUUGCGUGACAAUGAGAAACUGCGCCAGGAAGUUGCAACCUUAAAAGCAUUAGUUACUAAUCUUCGACGAGAAAAUUUACAUCUUAAAUCUCAAAUACCAACAACUCAAGAUGCUGGAGAUGUUCAUAUACUUCCUUAAUUGAUUAUUUAUUAAUUUACGACUUUUUUCUGUACAUAUAAGUGCUCAGAGCAUUCUAAUCUUUCUUUUUCUUUUUUUUCAUUGUAGUAAAAAUAAGACUUUUGUUUUUCAAAAUAUG